ACCGAAUAAUCGCAUCGAUCGCCAAAAAACUAACCCACAUACGCACUGGUAGCGUAGCCAGAAUUAUUAAUCGAGAGAAGGAGGGGUGACCGGGUGGGUGAGCGGUGGGGAGGGCCCUCGCUACCCUAGGGCGCAGGCGCGCGCGUGCGGCGGGCACUUCGCGAGGAAGGCUCGCGCGCUUCGGCCGCGUACGACGGCUGGCGGCGUCGCGAUGCGCGAGCAGCCGGCCCCGCGGCCGCUCCCGCGUGCGCCGCGCUAACCUGCACCCAUGCAGUGGCGGAAACUUGCACGGCUGAAGUCUUCGCCGGGCGGACAGUCGCGCGCUCGGAGGAUGCUCUGCUGCGGCCGCAGGAAGGAGAAUGGCCGCGCGGCGCCGGACCUGACGGCGUCGCCAGGCCGCGCGCCGCCCGGCCUGCCGCAGCCGCCGCGCGCCAACCACGCGCCCCCCUGCGUGCUGCAGCCAGACUUCCGAAAGGUGUCAGGUGUUAGCAAUGAAAUCUUCAGACAGAUUGAAAUGGUUGAGAAUGAUCACGACUCGACCACAGCCGCGGCGCUCGAGGCGGUGGAGCGUCGCGGCGAGAUGAUCGUUCGGAUCCUUGAGUUGAGACAAGUGGGCCGCAACAAUAUUGAAGCCGCCAAGAAAUUUUUCUCUUUACAGGACGCACGUCACGUGGUCCAGCUGGUUGAGAUCGUGAAGCGACCGGGCCAGACCCUCGGCUUGUACAUUAGGGAAGGUGAUGGAGGUGCGAGGACGGACGGGGUUUUUAUCUCAAGGAUAGCACUGGAGUCUGCCGUCUACAACAGUGGAUGCCUGAAGGUGGGCGACGAGAUCCUUGCCGUCAACUUGGUCGACGUGAGGAGGAUGUCGCUGGACGACGUCGUCAUCAUCAUGUCGAUACCAAGGAGGUUAUUGUUAUGCACUCGCCAAAGGAAAGGAAAAUCAGGCCCCGGUUCACCUUCAUUGCCACGGUCUGAACACAAGCCGCCACCCGUAGUAGUCCUGAAAAGGGACUGUCGGGAUGAUGACGACAUGCGAGACAUGAGGGAUCGGGAGAGGGACAGAGUGGACGGACUCUAUUCGCAGCAUGGCACGCUCAGAUCUACUGGAGGGCCCGGGUCAAGCAUUAGACCGGUAGGAGACGGCAGGGAAGAGCGAAGUCGCCUCCAACUCGGGGCUCUGUCGCCAGACUCCAAUGCGCUCGACCUUUACUACAACCAUAGGCCGCCGUCGGAUCACUCCACUUGGAGGUACACGCAAACAAAUUACCGACCGCCACCUCCGGUUAUCACGGAACAGCCAAAGUCACAAGCAACACAUUUUGUGCCAUAUGAACGGUCUUACCCCAAUACACUCGAGAGCUUAGCGGAGAAAGUGCACUCUUUGUAUCCUGCGGAUAGUGGAAGCACUCGUUUUGGAGGACGCGUUCCACGCUCAGGCUCUGAACAACAGCUUCCAAGAGCUGAGACACAUUCUGAUUUCGGUAGACAUUCGUUGCUCAGAUCUAGUUUGAAAGCAUCAGCCGCCACUGGAAGCGGUGCAAGCUUAUCAAGAUAUAAUCAGAGAUAUGGUGGAGUUGGUAUGCCUGGUAGUGGGUUAUCAGGACCUGGACUUACAAGUAGUGGUCUAGGAGGAACAGGAUUAGGAGGGCCUGGGUUACCUUCAGGUCUUUCCACCACAGGUCUCAGUGGUUUAACGAGCUCAAGCCUUGUUGGCUCUGGAUUGACAAGUUCUGGCUUAGGGAGCGGUUUAAGUGGUACUGGUUUAGGCCCAUCGCUUGGUGGAGGUUACGGCACAACUGGACUAGGAUUACCAACAUACAGUACGAAAUUCGGAACGGCGAGACGAAACCGGAGCUUAGAUUACUCAUCAGAUACGGAAGCCACGGCUCCAACAAGAACUCCUUAUUACUCUGGCUUAAGCGGCUACAGAAGCAGUACGAUGGGAAGGGAUAUUGGAUCAAAGUUUAAUUCACUACCAAGAGACGUGAGAAAUACCGGACAGAGAUUGGGUUUGAGUGGUCGGCGGGCUGGAAGCGUUCUCCAAGAUGAGCCGGAACCGUUGUCUUCGCGGUUAGACUUGAGAUCUUCCAGAGGCCGUCUCACAUCUUCUCCUUCAGUAUUCACGUCAGAUGAAUAUCGUGCUUGGCUAUCACGUGCUCCGUCGACCAGUGCACUCUAUGAGACAUUACGUCCUCGAUUACCCACACACUAUUCUGCUGAGAACAUACACGACGCACUCAAAAAUAUGGAAAGCGGCAGCCGCUUCGGUUCAUCGCUCGGUCUGGCGAAUCGUCGGAUCGAGCGGCCGCGGCAUUUGCCCGCUCGCUCGCUGUCAUCCCAGCAGCUAGGGCCCACCGCUGGCGGGUCACCGUCGGCCCGCCGCGUGAGGCAGCUGCUGGAGCUCGGAUCUAGGUUCAACUGCCCCAACCCGAGCCCCGUACCGACGCCCAGUUCGAGACAUCAGCGGCAUCUGGACAUCAAUCCUAAUGAGUUCCUAAAGUAUAAAGUGGAGAAGCCGAGCGUGGGCGGACUUUCCGCUAGCAUGACGGGUCUGUCCCGUCUAUCGGGUGGGGUCUCCGGGAUGCUGUGGGUGCAUCUACUGGCGGGGCGGGGGCUGCGGCCGGCGCCUUCAGGGUCGUCCCCAGGGUCGCCGCCGUCGGGUCCACUGGCGCCAGUCCAGGCGCCGGUCGCGCCUCGUGACUUGUACUGCGUGCUGGAGUGCGACCGGGUGCAUAAGGCUCGCACUGUGGUUCGAACCGGUGAGUUGCAGUUCGAUUGGGACGAAUCGUUUGAGCUGGAGCUUGUGGACAACAGACAGCUAGAUGUGCUAGUCUACUCCUGGGACCCACAGCAUCGGCACAAGCUCUGCUACCGAGGAGCGGUUACCUUACCCGACUUGCUGUCUCGUUCGCCAUCGCAUCAACUUGCUAUCAAGAUGGAACCUCGCGGCACAUUAUACGUACGCGUUCGCCACACGGAGCCCCACGAGUUGUUCCGACGGCGUCCGGCGCCCAGUCGGAUGUCUUCGCAGCCACUGUUCGGCGCCGAGCUCGAAGCGAUUGUAGCGAGAGAAGUGCGUCCGUCGCACGCGCCGCCCGUGCCAAUGAUAGUGCGCCGCUGUGUAGAAGAGAUAGAGAGGAGAGGGCUGGACAUCAUCGGUCUGUACCGGCUGUGCGGUUCGGCGAGUAAAAAGCGGAUACUGCGAGAAGCUUUUGAGAGGAACGCACGAGGAGUAGAACUGACUCCGGAUUCGGUGCCUGACAUCAACGUGAUCACCGGACUGCUGAAAGACUACUUGAGGGAGCUGCCACAACCGCUGUUCAGUCGUUGUCUGUACCAGAUGACGUUGGAUGCUCUGGGAGUUUGUCUGCCAGACGACCGAGAAGGCAACGCACGUCUAAUGGCCUCCAUAGUAGAAUGCCUGCCUCGCGCCGCACGCGCCACCCUCGUCUUCCUUCUAGACCACUUAGCCUUAGUGGUCGCUGCCCAGGACCGCAACAAAAUGUCGCCGCAACAUCUCGCCGUCGCGUUAGCACCACCGCUGAUGUUGCAUUCGCAACCGCCGACCGAUUUGGACUACCAAAGGCCGAUACAUGUACUGCAGUGCUUACUGCAAAUUUGGCCCGCCCCUAAGCGUUCAGUUCGGCGCGGCGAGCCAGCAAUCGGGCCGCGUGGAAGCAAAGUCAGUGCGUCGCCAGCGGCCUCAGCCACCCUCCCCCAAGGCCGAGUUCCGCCCUCAGUCAGUCCAUAUCGGCCUCAAGUGGCAGCAUUAGCAGCAUCUCCGCCGCCAGCUCUCUCGGCUCGGCCCGGGCCAGACCGCUCGCCGCCCGCACAUGUUCUCUCAUCAGUCAGGGGCGGCCCAUAUCGUCCGCAGUCGCCUCUCCGCGGGCCUCUGCCCGCUCCACCUCGCUCCCGUCAAGUGACGGUGUCCUCGCCCGGCUCGCCCAGCAGUAGCUCGGGCAGCCACAGCCCCGCCGACACCAUCAAGCACACCGGCUCCGUGUCCUCCAUCCUGCGCCAGCCGGACCGGGCGGCGUCGCCCCGGACCGCCUCGCGGAACGGCUCCCCGAGACAUUCACCGCGACAUUCUCCGCGACACUCACCGCGAGACUCGCCGCGUUCUCACACGCCGCGCGAUUCCACACCGCGUGAAAGCUCCACUCCUCGCGAGAUGACACCGCGCGACUCCAGCCCGCGAGAACUAACUCCGCGUGACUCGCCACGAACAGCUAUACCAGGCACUUCAGCAGGAUUAGCGGUCACUCUCAACUCCUCGGGAGCUCUCAGCCCGCGCUACAGCUCCACUAACCCGUUCCUGCAGCAGUACGACGCGGAGGAAGAGGCGGAGGCGUGGCGCGCCGCCGACAUAUUCUCCUCGCCCUCCACGCACACAUAGUGCUCAUAGCGAAUUGAGAUUUUCUAGUCAAUUUUUUUAAUCGAAUCGAAAGAGUGCUACGAUUCCGCUGUAUAUUAUGUUGUUUACGACGAGCGUGGUGCGCGCUCGUGUAAUUGUUAUAUAUAGAGCGAGUUAUGAUGUAUAUUAUUGUGUGAAUGUAUACCUUGCUGACGCGCGAGGCGCACGCCUCGCCGCCCGCCCGGGGAUCCCCCUGUAGCCACAAUAGUGUUUAUGGAUAUUGUAUUGUACAUUGUAUAUAAUAUACUUAUAGUAGGUACGCUCCAGUUUUGUACCGUCGGGGGAACACGGCGGGCGGCCGCGGCGCUACACACAUCAUCCCACAUAUCAGAGACUUGUGGACGCUAUCGACACCUAACAGGACUGAUUUCUAUAUAAAUGUUGAGCAUACAUUCCGAUCUUCAUUCUGAACUGACUUUAAGGUAGGUGUAAGAUGUUUUUGUUCCCAUGUCAAACAAUCAAAUUGUUUAGUUACGUUGUUGGCUCUCUUAGAAUCCUUUUCAUUGAUACCUAGUUAUUGAUGGUGACAAUAAUGUAAUUAUGUACCUUUUUAAUGCUAGUCAAUUUAAUUUUACUCUAGCAAAAUGGUUAAAGAUAUAGAGAAAAAUCUUGAAAUCGGUAUGAGGAUAGCAAUCCGAAAUCGGAGACAAUGAUCAAUGUUACAAAAUUUCAUAUAACUUAUACUCCAUAAUCGAUUAAAACGGUGCGUGUCGGCAGUGAACUCAAGUCAGUAGCUCGAAUAGGGAGAGUGUAUCAUAGAUCAGACGUAGGGACUGUCUUGAGACUGAGACCAUAUCAGCGUAGCUCGUAGGCACUCGCAGGGAUCCGGCGUAGAACGAGCGAUUGCGUCUCUCUAACAAAAGUUAACACAAAAACUGUGACCGCAGACACGUGGCAAUGUUGCUAUUCUAAACGCUGACACAAAGUUUGAAUAUGAGCAAUAAACCGUAAAAUUACAUGGCAAAAGUAUAGUCUUCCCAUCACAUAUUUUAUUUAUUGUAUGGGAUUGAAAAGCUUACAAAAUGUCAUUUUGAAUUGUAGGUUAUUGCUUAUUUUAAAAGUUUAAUGAAGUUAUCGAUAGUGUUGAAAUGAAUUAAAAGAUUGCGACUUGUCUCCGGCACCUGUUAUAACGAACAUUUAAAAUAUUCUAAAUAAUCCUUGUUCAUUAAUAACUUAUUAAAUUAUAUUACUAUAUAUAAAAUUAAAUUUAAAAAAAUAGUGUUAGUGAAGGCAUUUUUACGAGUCGCUAAUUCUAUGAAGGAAUGGAUGUUUUAUUGUUUAGAUCGGUCGCAAUCUCAAGAUCAGAGGUGAUGUGUUAUGGUUUCGGUAAAGGAAUAUUUAAUUUUGGCAGUCUCAUUGAAUAUUAAUUAAAAUGUAAUCUGUAUAUCGAUUAGUAAACCUAUUGCUUUAAUGAAAUUGGUAAAUUCUUAAGGUUCAUAAUAGGCUCAAAUGUAUUUCUUGAGAUUGACCAAAAGUAGCACUCAAUUUUCAAAUAUUUAUACAUAAUAUUUAGAGUCCACAUCGACCUCCGAAAUCGGAAUACACCACCUAAGUUCUUAAACUAGCGUCUGCUAGACAUAUAAGAGUGGGUGGAAUCGACCAAUGACAGCACUGAUCCUACAUUCACUGCCAUGAUUGGUCCAUUUAUUAUAGAUAAUAAUAUGAUAAUAAUUGUACACUUGUUUAUAUGUCUGUCGGAGGCUACGCGGUUACCACAAUGCUUUUGAGCGACACUUCAAGGCAAAAUUUAGUUGUUUAAAUGUCUAACUGUUUAUAGAUUUGCACAAAUGACACGACUGAUAUGGGACACAAAACCUUUUUGAUACUUUUACUUUUGUAAUGUUCCACGUUUUUAUGACUAGGAAUUAUGUUGGGAUACCUCGCCUAUAAAUAAAAGUAACUCUGAAAACAAAUAUUUGUUCACAAAUUUCAUCUCCUAUUUGUGUUUGUCGAGAUUUUGAUGAAAUUUGUAAAUAGGUAUUGGAGCAAAGUUUUCUUUUAAGGGUGUUGCGUUUAAUAGCCAACAGCAUGUCAGGUUACCAAAAAUAUCAAGUAUUCUUAGUGGAUUUCAUUUUUUAGUCUAGAAGUGAAGAGUUAUAAAUCUGUUUUAAAUUUGAUAGGCGUAGCGAAUUUCUAGUGGAGGACCUUCACCUUACAGAAGACGAAAGUAAAAUAAAAUUACUUUUUGGUGGUGUACUGUUGGUAUGUUUUCAGUCAAGGUAUUAUAGAUCGUUUUUACGCUGGCAAGAUAGAGAUAGCUGAAGGGGCAAAUUUUCCUAAGCAUUAAUUUAAGGAACUUAUCAAUAUUAUUUUCCUGACGUACUGUUGAUUGUACAUUUUCGUGAUACCUUUCUAAGGAGAUUUGUAAGCCUGACUUGAUUACUAUUUUUGGGAUAGAUAAUAUAAGAUCGAAUUUUCUCAACAAUGUUUAUAGAAAUCACGGUAUUCUAAGUCUUUAGAAUACUUGUAUACAUGUCUUUAUUUCGAUAAACAUUGAGAAGAAAUCAGUCGAGGCCAUGAUAAUAAAUACAUUUGCAUUAUGAAAAGCCUUCUUAUUGCUAUUCUAUAAAGGCGAUGCUAUGUAUAACGGUGACCUUGAUGUAGGCUAGAUUGGAUCACUAUCCCGAGAUAGUAAUUAAAUUUAAGACAAUAUAGUGUUAUUGCGGUUGAGAGGAUGGUCCUUUGUUUGUUCGAUGUAAUUAUUGACGCUAACUAUAAAUAUGACUUUUGAAAUACUCAUCCUGCAAUCACAAAACAUUGUUUUGAGUAUUUUUUAUCCUGACAUCAAGAACGUUGAGCGGGUUUAUAUUGUUGUAAGGUAGGUAAUUAAGUUUCAAUGACGUUGUUUCUCUGAAAAUGUUUUCUUUUACGGCUAAAUUCUAAUAUUUCCAGUUUUUUAUGUAUAUAUUUAUUAUGAUACGAUGAUGAUAUAGAUCUUGCGAAAAAAGUUAAUAAUGAAUAACAAUAAAAGGUAUUUAGUGAAAUAAAUAUCUAUUGCAUUAAAUUAAAAAAAUAUUCGUGUAUAUUAUGAAACAAUUUCCGUUUUAGUUACAAAUCUACAAAAAUGUCAUUUACGUAAUCAAAGUAAAAGUAGGAAACGUUGAAACCCAAAGAUUUUAAGACAUAGUCCAUUAAAUUUACCCACACCUUUUACGAAGUUCUACACUUUGAUCUUAGCCAAAAGGCCGAGAAUAAAAACAUUUUAAAUUUGGGUCAAAUGGGGACAGUGUAACAUAAGGCAUAUCUCUGCCCUUUUUUAUUUGUUUAUGGUCGGUCUUGACGUGAUUUAUCAUUUUAUAUUCCGUCACCUUUUUUUCUGUGGCUGUUUCCGCCAUAUUGUGAAGUUGUAAUCAGAAUGCCGGGUAUAAUAUAAAGAUAUUAUUUUUGUUACUCUGUGCCCCUUGUUAUACUGUUGCACACUUGUCCCUAUUUUCAAAAGUUGACUUAUGAAAUUAUCUAACUAGUUUUAUUUGAUUUAAGUUUAAGAAAUAACGUUUCAGUGUAUUUAGUUUUUGACUAAGGGCCAUCCUUUCUAUCCCGAUUGCUUGAAGUAUCGCUCGACAGUGUAGCCGGCUCGGCGGCAUCGGCAGUAGUGUGUAGUGACUACGGCGCACAGCUUCAGUUGGCUUCUUGGGGCACUAACUGUGAGAGAACCACUCAUGUUUUACAGUUGUUUCCUAGGAUAUUUUCAGUAGGGGCAGGCAGCGUAAACAGCUACUAAGAUUCUUGCCGCAGGGGCAGUCUAGGGUGUAAGAGUGGGGAUGACCCAUAGUUUCCUCCUCAAUUGUGAUGUGUCUAGACAAGCAGGGGCAAUUUUCUACAUUUGAUUAAGUAAGCAAUUAAGGGUUGUGUCCGCUCUUACGACCUAGAUUGCCCCUGCGGCAGAAAUAUAAGUAGCUAGCUUUAAUUUUCACUAGCUAUAUGAAAUUUUGACCAUGUGUAAAGUCAUAAAAUAAUAUUCUUUUAUUUUGGACCUAGUAGUGCUUUUAGUACCCUAUUUAAUAUAAACACCGAAUUAGAAGAUCCUGAAAGAAGUUAUAUUAAAUGGGCCUAAUUUAUUAACUAGGUUGAAAAGUCGAGACUGUUAAUAUAUAAAAAUAUAGUUAACAAGAAAACUAUUAGUGGUCAUUGUAGGUUAAUAAGUUAACUUCACGAAUUAAUUGGUAAGUUGGGUUAUUGGGUUUAUAAUAGUAGAAUAUCGUGUUCAAAUAAUAAGAAAUUAUUCCUAAUACGUUGAUCAUGCCAUCAAAAGUUGUAUGGCAAAUAUUCAAAUAGCACGGAAUAGAUAAAAAGUGUACCUAUAGAUUCCUUUAUUGCGGUAAAAGUUUUUUUAUCGCAAUGGUUACUAAAUGAGUAUGAAAGAAUAUGUUUUUAACCUUUUUUGGUAAACAUAUUAAUCUUAGUUUGUCAAAAGAGUUUUGUUUAAAAGUAAAGGAAGUUUGAAAAUUAAUAUCAUUGAUAAGUUUUUAUAAUUAGAUAGAAGUUGUUUGUUAUGAUUCAAAAGGACAUUGCCUGCUCCUAUCUGACAAAUUCCUUUGUUGUAAAUCUUGUCUAAUGUUUCUAAUAUAUACUUACAAGAUACUUUAGAAUUCAUGUUGUAAAUGACUGGAAUUUUAUUAUUUUAUUCUCUUUUACUAAAUAUAUAUAUAAAAAUAAUUGUAUAAUACUGACUUUUUGUACAGUCUGUGCAAUUCUGUUGUAUUUAUACAAUCGAAGGUCGGUCGUUUACUAUAGCAUCAUGGAAUAUACUAUUUUAUAUUAGAAAUGCGCUAUUGUUUAACAAUUAUAUUUUUUCUAUGGUACAUUUUCAAAUAGUUUGUAUGAUAUGUAUACGCAAUCAUUAAAAAGCUAUCUUAACAUUCAUUAGAAAUUAAAAAAGAGAUUUAUCUUCACUGGGUCAAGCAAGAAAAAAAAAACAAACCAUAAAUUGAAUUUCAUAACUUUUGUGUAAAUAUUAUAUGAUAGAUAGUUCUAAAGUGGAUGUAUGUAGAUCAUUGUUAUAUUGACGAAUUUAUUUACUUGUAUCUGGAUAAGUUGUUCGGCCGACCUGACAGAGAAUAUGAGUUGAUUGCGCCGCGUGUGUUGGCCACACAGGGAGCCCCCUUAUCUGCGCACGCCUAUCGGGAUAUUUCCAUCUCCUUUCAACUCAUAGAAGCAUCAUAAUCUAGACUGAGAAAGCUUGUAUUGUAUCUUUUCGUCCUCAUACUUUAGAAUAAGAGACUUCUAUGACAAGGAAAAGACGAAAGAGGUGAAAAUAUGUCGCAAAACGCCCAAUGAUGCGAGGGCUCCCACAGUAGAGUAGGGAGACAUUUAUGGAAUUUGUUAAUUUAUAAAGACUAUAGAAUUUAUGAAGUGUAGUUAAUGUGUUAAUGUUAGAUUCUACCGAGUGCCGCCUCUCAGAGUUACUGCCGCUGUAUGUUUGCGUUGCGGGGCUCUCGGCCCACGAUAAUAUCAGUAUUUCGAAAAAUUGGUAAUGUAGCGUUACAUACGUGUACCUACUAACAGUAAACGCCGCCCGUAUCUGUACCGGGUGGCUGGAACACAGACAAAAUAAAUAAUACGACGUUAUGGUGUUAUGUUUCAUUCCGAACUCCCAAUUUAUUUCGUUUAUCAAAGUGUUUUGGCUUCCGCUGCCUGAAAAGGGAGCACGGAGCGGACGCCCGCUCCGUAUGCUGUUUCAUGUCAUUUCAUAGAACAGCUCUGCGUGAGGCGGGCGAUGGGGCACGCUCGAUUGGCUCUUUUGAUCUUUUGUGCUCUUGUCUGCGUCGUCUUUUUGCAAGGUAGUAAGUAUUAUCAACAUAAAUAAUCCAUUCACUCGCGCGAUCGGUAUCGGUAUU